AGGCUCGAGAAUUUCAUGCUUAGGAGUAGAAACGAUCGACCAUGAGGAGCGUACGCAAGCUAUCGUGUUGCUAAGAAAGACAAAUCUGUGUUACUUUUGCGUGUUGCAUUGCACAGUAGUAGCUAGAUAAAUCAUCAGCAGUGGAGCUGCAACUUCUUCGAGCAGUAAGUCAGUUGCGUGUAUAUAUGUGUGUGUGUGUAUAAUAUUAGUGUAAGUAGUUCUUAUAUACGCGUUUACGAAAUACAAAACAUCUGUGGUAUUCUUGGUCGAUAUGGUGACUCUGCUUCGAAAUACGGAACGUCGCGCUUCUCCGCGCGAUCAAUGAUUGACAGUUUUACGUAACACCUCGUCUGAGCAAUCGAAGUCGAUGCAAUCGAAGUCGAUACAAUUGAAGGACGAACUGCAUGGACACCAGGCGCGAUAAACUUCAGACCACCAUGGCGGAAAUAAAUACCUUACAAUGGGUUGACUACCUCGUCAUAGUGAUUAUGUUGGGUAUAAGCGUAGGAAUUGGUAUUUAUUACAAAUUCAGCGGAGGUCGCCAAAAAACCAUGGAGGAAUACUUCAUUGCGGAUCGAUCAAUGAGUAUUAUACCAGUCGCCAUUGCUUUGGUAGUAUCUUUCAUGUCUGCCAUUACAUUGCUUGGCGUAUCCGCCGAAAAUUACACUUUCGGGACGCAGUUUGUGGUAAUAAACGUAUCAUAUUUAAUAGGAACAGUGAUGAUAUGCUACGGAUUUUUACCAGUAUUUUUCAAAUUGCAAGCGACUAGUGCUUACGAGUAUUUAGAAAAGCGUUUCGGAGUAAGAACUAGGAUGAUGGCUAGUUUUGUUUACUGGAUUCAACUGCUUUUGUACUCAGGAGUGGUGCUUUAUGCCCCUUCUUUAGCUUUGGAAGCGACUACCGGAAUUCCGAAGAAUACCAGUAUCAUUAUUAUCGGUGUCAUCUGUGCCUUUUAUUCAACUAUAGGCGGUAUUAAGGCUGUACUAAUAACCGAUGUAUUUCAAGCCUUACUUAUGUUCGCCGCUGUGUUUACUGUUAUCGGCAUAGCUGUAAGAGACACGGGAAGCUUGUGGCAAAUAUGGGAGAUUGCAAAACGUGGACAACGAAUCGAGUUUGAUAGUUUUUCUCUGGAUCCGACAGUUCGUCACACUUGGUGGUCCCUCGUUAUCGGUGGUUUGUGUACCUUUUUGUCGCUUUAUGGUGUAAAUCAAGUUCAAAUACAGCGUAUGUUAACCGUGAAAAAUAUAAAGACUUCGCGAAAAGCUUUAUGGUUAUCAUGGCCUAUUCUGACAAUGCUGUCAAUGUCAACCUGCUUCUCAGGAUUAGCAAUAUAUAGUAAAUACUAUAAUUGCGAUCCAAGUCUGCAGAAGAGAAUUACUACACCUGAUAUGCUUAUGCCAUUGUAUGUUAUGGACACAAUGUCCGACCUACCCGGCUUGCCAGGCCUUUUCAUUGCAGGUAUUUUCAGUGGUGGCCUCAGUUCGAUUUCAGCAGCUUUGAAUUCUCUGGCUGCGGUGACGUUUGAGGAUUACGUGAAACCUAUAUUCAGCAAGUUCCUCAAACGCGAGAUUACCCCCGCGAGAUCAACUGCUAUAGCUAAACUGCUCGUUCUUACGUUCGGCGUUAUUUCCAUAGCUCUGGCAUUUUUAGCGCAACUACUGGGCGGAAUUCUCCAAGCUGGUUUGACCAUUUUUGGAGUGGUUGGUGGACCAUUAUUAGGCGUCUUCACGCUUGGUAUGGGCACGGAAUCGGCGACAGAAAGUGGUGCUCUUGUCGGUGGUUUAACUUCGCUCGCGUUUGUAUUCUGGAUAGCUUUCGGACAACCGCGACCGAUGCCUCCCAUAUUACCGAGGUCCAUCGAAGGCUGCAUCGCGAAUGAUUUUAUGAAUACGACAGUUUUAGAAAACAUAACAAUGUCGACGACAGAACUGCCCGGAAAUAUUGAUGACAGCUCGUAUUUUUAUUUGUACCGCAUUUCAUAUAUGUGGUACUGUCCUUUAGGACUCGUAAUAACGUUGGUACUGGGUCUGAUUGUCAGCAACGUGACUCGUUUAUUCUCUAAACACCACAAUGACGACUUAGAUCCUGAUUUAUUCUUUCCUGUCGUGUCGAGAAGGAUACGUGCCAGACAACGUGGCGAUGUAGCAAGCAACGAAACGACAAAUUAUGUGAUGAAGAGGAUGAAUUCUUCAAACGACGGAAAUUAUGAGGACGACAAUUUCGAACUUGUCGCAAAACUUUAACGGAUAAUUCCAUUCGAAAUGCGGCCGCAUCUUCUUGUCCUAUUCUUCUUCCUCUCCGUGUCGUCUGCGGAGCAACGACACGUUAAGAGCGACGAGGAGAAGUGUCACGAAGAGCAUCCGAUCUUGCUCUACUAUUUCUCAUGGGCGGAUUACACAGUGCUCGCAAUGAUGCUGAUCAUCUCGAGCUUAAUCGGUACCUUCUAUGGCUUCUUCGCCAAAAAGCAGGAGACCAGCCAGGACUUUCUGCUGGGCGGGUCUAGCAUGGGCACAUUUCCCACCGCGAUGUCGUUGGCCGCCAGUUUCAUUACAGCUAUUGAACUUCUGGGAAAUCCCGCGGAGAUGUACAAACAGGGUACUCAAUACUGGAUGAUCUGCGUCUCUUUCAUACUCGUGGUGCCGAUCACCUCUUGGUUCUACUUGCCAGUGUUUAUGAAAUUAAGACUGACUUCGAGCUACGAAUAUCUGCAUCUGCGUUUCAAUCGCAGUUGCGGAUUGUUGGCGAGCGCACUAUACAUGUUGCAAAUGGUGUUGUACACGUCGGUAGCUGUGUAUGCGCCUGCGUUAGCGCUAAGUCACGUCACGGGCCUGAAUACUUAUAUAGCCGUUACUCUAGUCUACGUAGUCUGCAUUUUCUACGCUUCGCAGGGUGGCAUGAAAGCCGUAAUCAUGACCGACACGUUCCAAGCCGCCGUUCUUAUCGGUUCGUUGUUCCUCAUCCUGGGUUAUGGACUGAGUUGGGCGGGCGGGAUGGAGCUCGUUUGGCAGGACAACGUGAAGUCCGGAAGAAUAGAGUUCUUUAACAUGAAUCCUAAUCCGACGGUACGACACAGCUUCUGGAGUGUCGUCGUCGGUGGUACCGUCUAUUGGCUCACUAUGUUCUGCAGCAACCAAGCGUCCGUCCAAAAGUAUCUCAGCGUUGAGACCAUCUCGCAAGCGAGAAUAGCACUAUGGGUGUCCGCUUUCGGCAUGAUUCUAAUUUAUAGCGUAAAUUUCCUAACUGGAAUGGUGCUGUAUAGCACGUACAAAGACUGCGAUCCAUUGACCGCCGGAUACAUAAACAGCCAGGAUCAAUUGCUACCACUAUAUGUAAUGAAUUUUAUGGGAAGUCUUCGUGGUGUACCUGGAUUCUUUGUGGCUGGAAUCUUUGCUGCCUCUCUAGGAACAGUUGCAAGUGCCUUGAAUUCUCUAGCGGCGAUAACUUGCGAAGAUAUUCUUCGCGGGCUCUUCCACAUGGAAAUGCCGGCAAGUAAAGGCGCCAUUUAUGCCAGAUGGAUUAGCAUAUGUUUCGGAGUUAUUAGCUUUGCACUAGUCUUCGUUGUUGAACGACUUGGUAGCGUUUUACAAGUUGCAUUGUCUUUCAAUGGCAUGGUUGGUGGUGUAACUCUGGGACUGUUCUCCUUGGGUAUGUUUAUACCGUGGGCCAAUGCUAAAGGGGCAAUCGUAGGUGCUAUCACGAGCUUGAUAGUCGUUUUGUGGAUCGGAUUAGGCGCUCAAGUUGCUGCUAUAAAUGGACAGAUUCAUUUGGACGGUAAGUCCAUAUCGAUCAAAGAGUGUCCUUGCAUAAACGAGACUGUAAAAGACGCCUUUGAGCAAUUCAAACAUUCUGAUGAUGAAGUUUUAGCUGUAUACAAGACUAGUUACUUGUGGUACAGCGCGAUUGGAUGCAUGUUGACCAUGCUGGUGGGAGUGGCGGUGAGCUUCAUCACGGGUGUUCAGAAUCCCGCUGAUGUCGACCAAGAUUACUUGAGUCCACCGAUUGCUGCCCUGUUCCGUAUACAGACAAAACCUUGCGCCUCCAUGAACCGGAUGCAAGGUAUUGUGAAUUUGGGCCUGGAACAGGAUGAGAAGCCCCAACAAGUGCAAAUGGAUACUAGCAAGAGUCCGCAAUGAUCUUCGCGAGACUCUUCGAAGAGUCCGAGAAGAGAGAAACUGUCGAGAGGAUGUCGCCGUGAAGUAGCCGUAAUAAAGUGCACUUGUGAUACACGUCUUGAAUUAAAUGAUACUUACGAGAUCAAUAAAAUUCUUUUUUAGCACGUGUUUUAUACGGUGACGAUCGAGAAACGAUUAUAUAGUAGUAACAACACGAUAGAAUAUUUGUUUCUAGGAACGAUUCUCGUUCGUUGAAGCUUUUAUAUAUAUAUAUAUAUAUAUAUAUAUAUAUAUAUAUAUAUAUAUAUAUAUAUAUAUAUAGCAGGAAAUUUAAUAAUAUUUAAUAGAGAAAAAUGAGAAUGUCUCAUAUGAAAGAAUUAAUUGAGAGGAUAGAAAUGGCAAAUGGUAAUAAUUUGUUUUACAGAGAAACACAUGAGUGAUAUUAUUACCGGAAUGAUGAUUGUUUACUGACUGAUAAUAUGAUAUAAUUUGUAUAAAUUAUUCACGUAUAGUAUCCAUGUCAAUGAUACUUUAUGCGUUACAUCAAGAAAAUACUUUCGAUGUAAUCGAUUAUUUAUUUCACAAAAUAUUUCUUUUUAUCUUGCAUAAAAAGAAAUUAUUGACAUUCUUAUGAUACUAUAAUCGAAACUAUAAUGUUACUUAUCCCAGAGGUAUUUUACAACUUAAAUAUCACUAAAUAUCACGAGUAGUAUGAAAAGAAUUAUCUAAAUCCAAUUUUGUUUGGAACGACUAGACUUUGUAUCAGAAUGGUCUUUUAUAUAUCUUGCGCAUCUCAGCUUUUUCACAAGUGUGUAUAGUUGAGAAUUUCAGUAUUAAAAAUAUUUCCUUAUCGA